AUGACCCAUCUGGUAGACCCCAGUGGUGGACCAGCUGCGCCAGGUGCGUCUGAGCGCAUGUUUGUGUUUCCGGUACCAGCUGCUGGUGGUCACGGUUAUGAUUGGCUGAAUGAAGGAAAAAAAGCCCGAAACAGUGCUGUAUCAAUCUACCCCCAGACUCUGUCGUCUAUCCUCUGCUAUAAUAGCUGCGCCGACUUCGCCCCGGUAGGUGGUUGCCCGUUCGUGACCCCUAUCGCCCAUACGAAGCUUGUUUGCUUCGGGAAGCCAAUGGAUCGGUGUGCGCCCAUUCCUGUGUGAAUAUAUAUAUAUCAGGCUACAACACAGGGGACGCACACCCAGUGGAUUUUAUCGCUGCUCUUGAAGCGACACUCUCAAUGACGUAGGCCACAGAGGACACCAAGAACUCGAUUCGCCAACGAGUCGCAUCGCUCAUCAUAUCCCACAGGCCACGUCGAACCAUCUCCUCAGCCGAGGUAAAUGCCAUUAAAGAACUAAAGAUGGACGAAGACAUUGUGAUUGUCCCAGCAGACAAAGGACGGGCAACCGUGAUCCUGGACAAGUCAGAGUACGUAGCGAAAGCUCAGGAGCUACUCAACGAUAACCAGUCAUACAAGGUCAUUGACUCGGACCCCAUGAAAACACUGGUGGCAAAAAUCAACAAGAGUCUGAGUCUAAUGAGGAACCAACAGGCAAUAUCUGAGACCGAUUGGCGACAGAUGAAACCACAAGAUGCUGCCAUAGCACGCUUCUACGGUCUGCCAAAGAUCCACAAACCAAACGUUCCCUUGCGGCCAAUUGUGGCGCUGAAGGGCACACCUACCUACGGUCUGGCUAAAUGGCUUACCAAACAUCUGAAGAAGCUGACGGAGGGCUCAGAACACACAGCAGUAUCCCCAUCACACUUCCUGGAAAGACUCCGAGGCGUCAAAAUAGCCCCCAAUGAAAUAAUGGUGUCCUUCGACGUCGUCUCUCUUUUCACCUCCAUCCCUAAAGAAUUAGCCACGAGGGUCAUAAGUGACCUCCUGGAGAGGAGGUACGAUGAAGAGGAAAGACCUCUGAAAAGGAAGCACAUAAUGGAGCUACUGGACUACUGUUUGAGCACGUACUUUACGUUUAAUGGCCAGGUGUACGAGCAAAUCCAGGGAACUCCGAUGGGAUCACCAAUCUCCGGCUACCUAGCUGAGGCGGUUCCAAAAGAACUGGAAACACGGGUUUUUCAGUCCUACAUGCCAAAAUUCUGGAUGCGCUAUGUGGAUGACACCUUUGUCAUCCUACCUCAAGACAUGAAAGAGACGUUCAGAAGCAAACUGAACUCAAUUUUCCCCCAAAUUCAAUUCACAAUGGAGGAAGAAAAGGACGGAGAAAUCCCCUUUCUGGAUGUCCAGGUGUCGAGACAGGAAGACGGUGCCCUCCAAACUGGUGUCUUUCGAAAGGCGACUGAUACGGCGAAAAUCCUCCAUUACAGCAGUAACCACCCCUUGUCACAUAAACGCAGUUGCGUGCGGACACUCUUCCUACGCAUCAACACACACUGCAGCACAGAGGCUGAAAAGCUGCGAGAGCGUAAAUCCCUAUGGCGUCUCUUUCUCUCCAAUGGGUACCCACGCAGCUUCAUAAACAAAUGCCUUUGUCAAAGGCACAUGAAGACCGACGGUGAACAAAAACAAAAACCUGAAUUCUUUCGUGCUUUGCCCUACGUGAGUGACGUUUCCGAAGCCACUGAACGCAUGCUCAGACCACUCAACGUGGGCCUUGGACACCGGCCGGAGGUCACUAUCCGCCGCUUACUCAUGCAGCCCAAGGGGCGGCUACCACCUGAGGACACGUCAGGAAUUGUUUACCGCGUCAACUGUCUAGACUGUCCGGCCAAUUAUUGUGGCAUGACCGACAAACGAUUAAGGUCGCGCAUGCAUGAGCAUUCUCUAGCUGUAAAGCGAAAAGAUGUACGAUCACAUGUUGCCAUGCAUAGCCUCGAAAAUGACCAUCAAUUCGGCUUCGACAAGGCAGAAGUAAUCGGUCGAGCUGAAAGCAAAAUGGCGAGAGAGAUAAUCGAAGCCUGGCAAUCCAACGCCAACUCCAUCAACCGUAGGAUCGACCUACCGGCGCCAUAUGAGGCCAUCAGACACCACUUGAGCAGGAAGGGAGGGCCAAUGGGAAGAGAGAACAAUGGACCUAUCAGUACUGAGUAA